AUGGUCUGUCUGGAUUUUAGCCACAAAUCUGAAGGUUUCCUACUUCACAACACAGCAAUUGAGAACUUCAACUUAUUUGAAAAAACUGAUUUUUUUUUUGGUUUGUGGGCAUUUCCUAAAUUGUUUGUACUGUGUUCUUUCCCCCUUGAAUUAGUUGAUCAUGGCCUUGCCAGGUUGGUGACAGUAUACUGUGAACAUGGUCAUAAAGCUGCCAAAAUCAACCCCCUCUUCAGUGGACAAGCCUUGCAGGAGAAUGUGCCUGAAAUCCAAGCUCUUGUGCAGACCCUGCAGGGACCCUUUAAUACCACAGGAUUAUUGAACAUGGGGAAGGAGGAGGCCUCUCUUGAGGAAGUAUUGGCCUAUCUCAACCAAAUCUACUGUGGGCAAAUUUCUAUUGAAACCUCUCAACUUCAGAGCCAGGAGGAGAAAGACUGGUUUGCCAAGCGAUUUGAAGAACUGAAAAAAGAGACUUUUAGCACAGAAGAGCGAAAACACCUGUCAAAACUAAUGCUAGAAUCUCAGGAGUUUGACCACUUUUUGGCCACCAAGUUUGCCACAGUGAAGCGGUAUGGGGGCGAAGGAGCCGAAAGCAUGAUGGGCUUUUUCCACGAGUUGCUGAAAAUGUCAGCCUACAGCGGGAUAACGGAUGUGAUUAUUGGCAUGCCCCACAGAGGGAGGCUUAAUUUAUUGACAGGCCUUCUGCAGUUCCCUCCAGAGGCAGCUGUGUCAACUCUUCAAGAAAUGGCACCAGGAACAACAUUCAAGCCGGUCAUUGGCGAUUCAUCUGUGGAUCCCAAAAAGGUCAAGAGUCUAGUGUUCUGCUGUGGCAAACAUUUCUACGCCCUGCUGAAGCAAAGAGAAUCCUUGGAGGCCAAAAAGCAUGACUUUGCCAUCAUCCGGUUAGAGGAACUCUGUCCUUUCCCACUGGAUUUGUUACAGCAAGAGAUGAGCAAAUACAAACAUGUUAAAGAUUUUAUUUGGAGUCAGGAGGAGCCUCAGAACAUGGGUCCAUGGUGCUUUGUUUCUCCAAGGUUUGAAAAGCAACUGGCCUGCAAGCUCCGUCUUGUGAGCCGACCCCCUCUGUCAGCCCCUGCUGUAGGAAUUGGCACCCUUCAUCUGCAGCAGCAUGAAGAUGUCCUCACCAAGACCUUUGCUUGAUGGUGUCCUUUGAACCAGCAUUACUUCCUUUUAAGAAAACAACCAUGAGGGGCGCCUGGGUGGCUCAGUCGGUUAAGCGGCUGCCUUCAGCUCAGGUCAUGAUCCCAGGGUCCUGGGA